AUGCAGCAGCAAACAGUAGCAUCUCUCUUCUGCGGUCAUACACGACUCGUGAGUGACUUGCGGCUAACCAAGCUGUCCUCCCAUGUGAAUGCCGGCGACAACUGCCGCGUCAAAAGUCCAUGGGGCUGCGUGCAUUGUGUCGCCAUCACACAGCUCUCGUGGGAGCUGCCGUUGGAAUCUUUUCUAUUGGUAUUGCCUUCCGAUUCAAUCCUUUGGUUCCGCGAAAUCGACAACACGAUGGCGCAGCCGGUUCUAGAGGUCUUUGCAGAACAUGGGUAUCAACUCUUCCACUCACCCGAGGCAGUGUACGCGGACUUUCGCUCCUCUGGCAUCUUCCGCCGAUCUGGCGUCGAUGCCACGUCCGCGUCCACGUCGCGAUUGCAUCAGCGUGAGGCGCUAUUCGACGUUGCAUUGUCCCAUGGACUGAGCAGUGUCAUUGCUGUGUAUGUGCUGGCCCCGCAGGACGACAGCAACCCGACCAGCAGCUUCCUCCUGCAGGAACCUGUCGCCGUGCAGUCUUGGGUCCGAUCCCACGUCGAUCGUGCGCGGGGUGCCAAGUCGCCAGAGGAGCUGCAAGCGACCCUGCGACAGCUUCGGGGGCUCCGACAUAUCGUGCACGCCCUCGUGGAGCGUCUACAGCGCGGACACGAAGCUACCCCGUCGUCGUUCCACGCGUCCACAGAGUCAUGGAAUAUGAUUCCUUCGGGGGACGACGGCUCGAUUGCAUACUUGUCAUCGCUCCAAGACGAACUCACGUCCGUGGAGCGCCUCGCCGAGUUUACGCUCUGGCUGCAUCGCCACUUGGACGACUCGUCCACGUUAAACGUGUCGACUCCUUCCACCAUGCUUCGCACAAUCGUUGCCAGCGCGGGGCUCGUCGACUUGUUGCCCCUGCCGGCAGAUGUUUCGCAUCUGUUUGCUCACUUCCACGGCCGGGUGGACUCGCUGACGUUUGGCGCGAUCAUGCUCUUCCUCACGCUGCAGACCCAUCAACCUCGAGCGCAGUUGUCGUGGGACGCGUUGCAGUCGUUCGCGCUGGACGCCGCGGCCCCCGCGCUGCACCUCCCGCGCGCCCAUGCCGCGCACGUCUUGGCUCUCUGGGCCAUCGACCAUGCUUCUUAUGACCGCAGCUCUUCGUUCCUCCACAGCGCAGUCGCCAUCCUAUGUCGGAGUCCCCCCGAAUACAUGGACCCUGACAUUCUCAUUGCCGUGCUCGACGUGCUGUUGCAAAUGAACCAACCAGACUUGGCCCACUCGAUCCUGUCGUUAACUUCUAACGACGAAGAAGCGGAUGAUCUGACGCAUGUGCUGCUCGUCGUGGACACGUAUCUGCGCCUCGAUGCAUGGCCCCUGGCAUGGCUGGCGGCGCGCCGCGCCCCCCGACACAUCGCCGCCACCAUGCCCCGCCUCGUCGCGUUCCAUCAAUCGCGUGGAAACCUCCGCCAUGUCCUCUUGAGCAUGACGUGGACGCCCGCGGAAAUGGCCAUCUGGAAGCAUCUCCAUCUACCACCUGCCGACCUCGCCCUGCUCCACCUCGUUCGAGGCGAAUUCGACCAAGCUAGCGCCGUCAUGCCGACGACCGACAGCGCCGCGUGGCUUCGGCAGCACCACGACCUGCUCUUGCGCACCGUGGCGCGGGACGCGCCAGAGGUGCACGUGCCCCAUGCCGCAGGGAAGGAUCAUCACUCUAAAAAAGAAUACCAUCACUCGCCUCUCUCUAUUGCCGCCGCCGCCCCGACAUUGUGGCCCAAACCGUCGAAAGGUAACCUCGUACUACUACUACUACUAUAUAUAUAUGUGUGCUAGUAUGUGCCUACUAACGCGGAACUCAGACCAAUACGAGGUGUUCUUCAACCGACCAACGUUGCCGACAAACGCGGCGAUCAUGUCGUCGUCCGGAAAUGAAAAGUUGCCCAGUGCGUUUAGCUUGCAUGUGAAGAAACCCGUGUCGACUCCGCAUGCAGGCAGCGUGUCCCCGGGCCAGCCGCCCCGACCUCUGGCGGCGUCGGCGGCGGACUCGUCUGAGGUGGUGAUGCCGUACCAGUGGCUGUCGACAGACCUGACUCGCGGUCCACACAGCAGCAGCGCGUCCAAGGUCAAGCGAGCCAACGCUUACGAUGAACAAGGCAAGUCCUUGGAGCCGGCUGCUCGUGAUUCGAAGUCGCCGCCGAGAACACCCCAUCACGAGGCACAGAGUAGUCUGCCCGCGCGUCGAAACCCGGUUCGAGACGUUCGGAAAAAGCACUAAUACAACAGAUGAAGGUUCUAUGUCUUGUUGUGGUUACAACCCUUCGUCGUCGGGCACGAUGCGACCUUCCGUCGGCACCAAGAUGGGAAUGCCGUGGCGGAUCGGGUACGCCACGCGAAUCUCGCGACAGAACAACACGCCGUGCGCUGGAAGGUACUCCAACGGAAGCUUCGAGAUGGGACAUACCAGUCGCUCCAAGACAGUCUCGUCUUGCAAGGUUGCUGUGCUGGAGGAGUGGAUCGUACGGCCACGGAGCAACGCGGCGCCGAGUGGCCUCCGCCACGCGAGCACGGCCCUGGUGAACAUUUUGUGGCUGUGGCACCUUACCUAAAGGUAAGGUGCGGAAACGAACAUAACAGUACCAUUACUCGAGUAAAGGAACUACUAGUAUUAAUAACGUUAACGUUAUCAUUAACAUCAGUACUAGUAAUACUAAUACGUACUACCACUCUGUUC